GCAGCCGCGGACACCAAGACCGCGCGCCAGCCGGACGAGCGCGCGAGCCUUCUCCCCCAUCCGGCAUCCGGCCGCAGCAGCUCCGAGCCGUAUACGCACGUGCAACCAUGGCGUCGACGCGCCGGAGGCACGCGGGGGCGGGGGCGGCGGCGGGGGAGUGGGCGGCGGUGUCCGGCGCGGGCGCGUGGCGCGUCGAGGCGGUCGGCAAGCACCAGCUGAUGCGGCGGACGGGGCUCCCCGCGCGCGACCUCCGCGCGCUGGACCCGGCGCUGUCCUACCCGUCCAGCAUCAUGGGCCGCGACCGCGCCGUCGUCGUCAACCUGGAGCGCGUCCGCGCCGUCAUCACCGCCACCGAGGUGCUCGUCCCGGGGCCGCGGGACCCCACCGUCGCGCCGCUCGUCCGCGAGCUCCGCGCGCGCCUGAUGGCCGCCCCCGCCCCCGCCCCGGCCGCCUCGCCCGCGCCGCCGCCGCAGGAGGACGGGGCGGCGGAUAACGUCGGUGCGUUGCCGCCGACACCUGAAGUGGGCGGCGACGGCAAGGACGGGCAAGCAUUGGGAAGCGACAAGGUCCUGCCAUUCGAGUUCAGGGCGCUCGAGGUGUGCCUCGAGUUCGCGUGCAAGUCACUUGACCAAGAGACUUGCACAUUGGAGGAGGAGGCGUACCCGGCUUUGGACGAGCUGAGCUCCAAUGUCAGCACUCUCAACCUCGAGCGCGUGAGGCAGAUAAAGAGCCGGUUAGUUGCGAUUUCAGGGAGAGUUCAGAAGGUCAGGGAUGAACUCGAACACUUGCUAGACGACGACGUGGACAUGGCCGCCAUGCACUUAUCGGAGAAGCUCGCCUACCAAGCCGUCGACGGCAACUCGAUGAGGCCCGACGCUGACAACGAGCCGAGCGAGUUCGAGGAAGAGAGGGACGGAGAGGUCGAAGAAGAGGGAGGAUCAUCCGAGGGCGGCUAUGGCAACGGGACCUCCGCCACCGUCUUCACGCCCAAGAUCGACGAGCUGGAGAUCCUGCUGGAGGCCUACUUCGUGCAGAUCGACGGCACCCUGAACAAGCUCUCCACUCUGCGCGAGUACGUGGACGACACGGAGGACUACAUCAACAUCAUGCUGGACGACAAGCAGAACCAGCUGCUGCAGAUGGGGAUCAUGCUGUCGACGGGCACGCUGGUGGUCAGCUGCGCCAUCGCGGUCACGGGCGUCUUCGGCAUGAACAUCACCAUCCCGCUCUACACGGCCGCCACCGAGGGCGUCUUCUGGCAGGUCACCGGCGGCAUCGUCGGCGCCACCGCCGCCGUCUACCUCGUCGCGCUGCUCUGCUACAGGAGGAGCGGCAUACUGCAGUGACACCGGAGUGUGGAACGGGCUUGGACGUGCAGAAUGCAAUGAGUGAUAUGGGAUGGUGACUGGUGGGAGCGGAAAGAGGCGCUGCAGUGUUUGAAUAAGCUGCUGUGUUCGCAUCUCUCGUGCUAGAGAAAACUUCUUAUUUAACGUCAGAAGAUAACAUGGUUCCUGUUUUUCAAAAAAAUAACAUGGUUCCUUCCAUGGCC